GGAAUGGUGUUAAGAUGUGGAUACUUCUGGUUUGGCUUGUUUCUUGUGCCCACUGCGUGCCUUGUUAAAGAUGUGGCGUGGACAGCGGCUAAGCAUACCUACCAUAAAACUUUGCUGGAACAAGUUCAGGAGCUGGAGACGAAGACAAGAGAGCUGGGAAAAGCCAUGCUUCGUGAUAGUAAUGGAAAGAGCGUGAACGAACGUGAUCAUUUGUUAAAAAGGCUUGGCAGGAAAACUCCUCCGAGCCUUUUCCGUGCUCAUUCUGUCCAGCAAAGUAUAUCACAUGGGUAUGCAUUUUCUCAAGAAGAACACGGUGUUGUUUCCCAGUCGCAAGUUGUUCGAUCCUACGAUACAACCAAAAGGAGAACAGAAAUAGAAUAAAUGGUUUUUACUUGAUGGGUGGUGGGAAUAAUGGGAUUUGGAUCAAUGCAUCCACUGUUAACACAUUCUUGACUAGAAUUGGUGGCAGCAGUCAGAACACCAGAGAACUCAUUUCUGUGGCCUUAGCCAACAAGUUUCUGUAUUCUCCCUGCAAACCUUGAGUACAUAAUGUGGGGGGAAAUCAUUGUUUGACUUCAGUUGCAAAGCUCUGCCUAAAGUUUUGUUUAUGUUGUUAUGAAGCAUUUGACUGUGCUAUGUGAGGUGUGAAAUUAAAAACAAUGUUUUACCACUAUUUAAAACAUCAGCAUAAGGUUGUUCUGGGAGAAAAGCAGAAAAUUUAUGUUCCAUGAGAAACAAGCCUUUGCUUAAUUGGAACGGGGUGCUGAGAUUUCCUGUUUUGUUACACACAGACCAAGUGCACACGACUGCAUGCAGACUUUACUCCUUCUGGUAUUCACUGUUUACUAAUUUGGCUGAAAUUUUCAACAGACCACUUGGUGUAAAAUUUUUGAUUGCAACACAGUUUGUAGCUAAAAAUGCUUAUUUGCCUUCUUAUGACAGAAUAACACAAGAUAGCAAACAAUUACUUAGAAUAUUUCAUGCCCUCUUACAAGAUUUAUUAGGGAUCUGUCUUAGCUUUCUGAAACCCAAUUAAUAGCUUACUUACAAAGCCAAGAUGUGGAAGUCAGAGAGCUUGGCAGGGCAGCUGUCUUGAGUGCAUGGCAUUGUACACAAAGAUUAACUCAAAUAGGUGCCUCCUAACGCUUCAUGAUGUAUUUGGAUGUGCACUUCCAAUGUAGCUAGGGAUUUCCCUCCAUAAUCCCAUUCCCACUUUAAUAGUAGAACAAAACAGCGAGAACUUUAAAGGUAUAAUCUUGUCAGAUAUGAAGAUAUGCAUCCACACAAGAGGCUGAUGCUGUAACCCUAAAGAAGCAUUUCCCUGACCAGGUAGGAUAGGUUUGUGAAGAAAAGUUAGGAAGGGUUUACACACAUGUGUGCACACACAUGUACACAAACAGAGCUGGUCAUUGUGAAGAGAAGACCUGCUGUUUGUUUGUUCAACCAAACCAGUCCCUCUUCUAGAUCUGAUCCAUCAACAGGCUUCACAGGCUUCAGACCUGUGAGCCCUGGAAGAAAUGCUGGCUCCACAACCUUGCUGUGCCAGUGGGACAGGCGUGCUGCUGCAUAGAUUGGAAUUUGGGGGGAAAAAAAAAAAAAGGCAAAAACUGGCACAUAAGUUAAAGCUGAAAGAGCUCUUAGAAAGCUUAUGCUGUCCUCCAGACAAGUUCUAUUAAUUUUAGUCGCCAAGCCACGUUUCUGAAUAGUAUAAAGUAAAUACUGCUGUGUUUAAGCCAGGUUUUGUGGUUAAUGUAUAUACUACAUCUGUGUAUUUAGAAAGUUGGCGUUGUUUUUUGCCCUAUUGACCGUCAUCCAGAUUUUUUUAUUAAUUUAAAUAUAUCCGAAAGCAAUUUGAAUAUGAAUAUUUAUGUUUAGCAAAGGAAAGGAAAGCACCAGACUGGCCAACUGGCUUAAUCUUCCUUAAGGGUUGUGAGUAAAUGCCAGUGCUCAAGUGUCAUAAUUCAAUUCCCAGUGCCACCUCAAAGGCUCAGAGUCCUCUUCCGUGUUAAAAAAGGCAAAUUUUGCUCCUGCAGCACCAGUCAGGAUUGGUCUUGGAUUAAGUUGAUGGCACAGAGGAAAAAGUCAUCACCUUCUUUCUGCAGUGCUAAUGAGACAAUUAUGUAGUAGGGGAAACGUGCAAAUAAUUUUGCCAUAGGCAUGAAUGUCAAGGGGCCAAGUGUGGAUGUGUGUAUUUUCUGGGAGAUAAAUUUUGUUUAAAGGCACAAAUACUAGUGCAUAGAAUAAAUAAGGGGAGAGUAAACCUGAUCCCAGGAGCUUCUAAAUCUUAAUGCUGAUAUAACCUGUUAAACACUUCCUUUUAUUUAGAACCCAAAUCUAUUUAGGAAAUGUGUGGUGUAAGCCAUUCCUCAGAACUGCUAAUUGUUUCUUCCUUUUGUAAAAACACAAGGAAAAUUAACUUCCCACCAAGACAAAAUAAGAUCAGCUUAGUCUUUGUACUCUAAGCCACACACCAAACAUUGGUAUGUAAACAAUUUGGAGGCUUUUCAUGAGGAUGCAGAAAGAAACUUUUAAAAACCUCUGGGUAAUGAAGAAGGGCAAGUAAACGUGUUAAGCAGAGAAUAGAAGGGAUCCUGGAGUCUUUUCUGUUCUUAACUUACUGCAAUAAAAUUUACAGAACAUAAUGGGAAAUGCUGGGGAGGAGAAGCUGUCAUCUGAUGUGAUUUAUUUUAUUAGUGCAGACUAUGGGCUGUAUCAUUUUGACCUCCCUGUAAAUUGAGGUCAGUGUGUGUCACAAACACAGACCCUCCCCAGAGUGAAUGGUGGCUUAGACUGAGGUACGUGUGUUGGUUGUCAGCUCAAUGGGAAUUGCACAUGGGAUUUGUCGCAGGGCUAUACAGUAUGUGACACUGGGGCUAGUGGGUCAGACUUUAUCAUCACUGUAAGGCCUUAAUCUCUAGCUGAGUUAAUUCUGUAGAACCCACCCGGGUCAAGACCUGGCAUUCUUCUUGUUCUUUGGAGUCAUUAUGGGAAUUAAUGUAUUGUAAUAUGCUGUAGACUGGCUGUUGGAGUUGCUUGUCUUCAUGAACAAUGAUGAGGUGUAUUCCAGCAAAAGGAGACUGGCAGCUGCUCUGCAUCAACAGAAUUCCUUGUUCAUUAAGGCAAAUGCAUGUAGCAGUAACAGCAGCCUUUGAAAGCACUGUGUGAAAGUGUUAUCAACUAGACAGGGUAUCAGAGCAGAAGGAAUGGGAGAUUUCUGCAUUACCGUCCAGGCUUAACUACCUAGGAUUGAUCAGAAAAGGAUUUCCUGGGCAGCUCUUUGCACUGACCAAAAGGAGGUGGGUUUGAAUAUUCAGAAGGGAGUGGUGAUUUACCUAAAUUAAACGUGGAUCUAGUUGCUGCUUUUUGUAACACUGGAAUCACUGCUUGCAUAUAAACUGCUGUUCCUUUAAUGACUGCCUAGUAGCAAAUUGAAGCCAGCGAGUGGGAGCCUGAGCUAAGCACUGCUGAGAAGUCUGUUGACAUUUUCUUUUCCUUGACAGGGCUUCAGGUCUUGCUGUAGGGAGCUAAGCAUGGGAAGUCAGUAAGGAGAAAUGGCGAAUAACCAAUAAAAGUAUCUAGGUCAAACUAAACUGCUAAUGUAUCUAAAAAUGUGUGUAGAGUUAACAUGAACUAUAUGGGCUGUAAAUUAAGAUAACAGUCAAACCUCGCUAAUCUGCGCUUCACUAGACCACACGCCUCUCAGUGCAUGCCAAAACUGUGCAGUCCCCUGCCUCAACCAGCAGCUAAUAGCAGAUGCUGCAGGGAAGUCUCCUCUUACCAAGAUUACAUUAUUUUUACAGCAUGUAAUGGAGUGUGUUUGCUGGGAAACAGUCAUAAUAAUAAAGUCAUAAAUAAGAAA